UGCGUGUCGCACUCGUCUGUCGAUAUUUAUGAUGGCUAUCCUCCGCGCCGAAUAAGAAACUACAAGUCAAACUGGACUGCACGAGUGCUCCGACAUUUUCCCCAAGUUGAUAGUUUGGUCGCGUGCCGGACGUCACCGUUUCACUACAACGGACGUUUCCUGCCCUUAUUUCGAUUCCCAGUACUUUUUUUCUUUCUCUCUCUCUCUUUUUCAUAUCCGUUCGUUGCGCGGCUCGGCGUUUUCUUCUCCGUCGUUCGACAGGAAAAGGAAGAUUUUCCGAAAGUAAGAGAAAGAUAGCAAGCUCGUGAGGAGUGUCGAGAAGUGGCGGAGCCUUAAGUCUGAAUUUCCCCAAUCGGAAUGCACAACUGACGACAAUUUGUGCCAAAUCGACGCCAAAGGCAAAGAUCGGAAAUCCCGUGUGCCUACCAAUUUCCCAGGCCUUUUUACAAAUGGUCGUCUAGAGGUGCCUGUCGUCGCCGCCGCCGCCCGUAGGUAUGGAUCGCGUUACCAUGGGAAACGAUGACUCCGCCGACUACGUCACUGGUAUCGGUAUGUUAGCUGACUGCCGUCAUGCACCUUCCACCAUGCAACUCGUUCACUGAAAUAGAUACAACCAACAACCAACUACUUGAACUCCAGGAGGUAACCCAACCGCCGACAUUCUAUCGGGGAGAAACAAACAAGUAAGCCGUCGCCAAAGCUAUUGGGAGGCAAAGAGACGAGAUAAUCGUAUCAUCGUCGGAGAACUUGAGCGUGUGUGUGUGUGUGUGUGCUGCUGCUGUUGUCUAUUGCGUUGUGUUCACGUCCAACCAUUGUGCAAUCAUGGGAAUCGAAACGGCGCCAGGUAACAAGAGUAAAGGCUCAUCGACGGCGGCUGCUACUGGACCCAACUCGGGCAAGAACCCGCCGGCCAACCCUCCAGUCCGCCAGUUUGCCAAUCAACUCCAACAAGAUAUCGAAGAUGUUACCGUAGAGUCAUUGGAGAGUACUCGCCGGAUGAUGCUGCUCUGCGAAGAGAGCAAAGAGGCCGGCAUUCGGACACUUGUGGCGUUGGAUGACCAAGGAGAGCAACUGGAUCGCAUUGAAGAGGGCAUGGACCAAAUCAAUGCCGACAUGAAAGAAGCCGAGAGUAAUCUAGCGGGCAUGGAGAAAUGUUGCGGACUCUGCGUCCUACCCUGCAACAAAUCGUCGCAAUUCAAGGAAGACGAAGGGACGUGGAAAGGCAACGACGAUGGCAAAAUAGUCAACAAUCAGCCAACCAGAGUUAUGGAUGAACGCAACGGAGUCGGUCCAGCAGGCGGUUACAUUGCCAAGAUCAGCAAGGACGCCCGAGAAGGUGAAAUGGAAGAGAAUAUGACCCAAGUGAGCACGAUGAUCGGCAAUUUGCGCAACAUGGCCAUCGACAUGGGCUCAGAAAUUGAGAACCAGAACAGGCAAUUGGAUCGAAUCAACGCCAAGGGUGAAUCUAACGAGAACAGGAUAGGUGUCGCCAACCAGCGCGCUGGACAAUUACUAAAGAAGGCCUAAAUGAAAUUGAAUGGAUUGGCAAAAUAAACUUUAAAAAAAAAAAACCAAACAAAAAAAUGGAAGAAACAAAAAAACAAAACCAAACAGAAAACCGUCUUUAUCAGUCUGUCGGUGCAGGAAGGAAAAAUGUGGAUUAAGACUGAAGGAUAUUCGACUGUGUUUGUUUCACUUUUUCAAAAAAUGUCACAAUUUUUUUCUUUCUUUUAUUCGUGCAUGUCGUUUCGGCGACAAAACUUAAGUUGCGUGCUUGACAACUUCUUUACUACUCCCGUUCUCUAGCUCUCGAUUUCUUCUCGAAUUUUUUGUCCACAUUGCUGCAAUAACGCUUCCGACCACGAAUUUUUCAGAAAUCAAAAAUCAUCACAAUAAUUCACCCACCCACCCCCACCCCUUUCCCUUUCCUUCCCCUCUAAAAAAGAAAAGCAACUCUUCACUUGUGAACCCCGUCGUAGCCGUUUCGUAUUUCGUUUUUUCUCCAUAUGGUGUCUGCCAUUUAAGUUAUCUAAUUUCUCUUUUUUUUUUUAACAUGUACAGUUCAUGUUCCUGUGCUUUUGUAUUUUCUUGUGGCUGUACAACAGAUGCUUCUUUUUUGCUGUGGUUAAUUUUUUUUUUCUCCCCCCUUUCUCGUUAUUACUUUGGGUUUUUCUUUCUUAUUCUUCUCGUACUCGUUCGCUUCUCCUCCAACCGAUUCAAUGGAUCCAAAAUUCCGUUUGACUUGAUACAUUUGACUUUGGAUUUCUUUGGUUCACAAGUGCGUCCAUCGCUUUAUACCUUCCUAUUUUUUCAACAUUUUCAACAAUGGAAUGCGACUGUAGGGAACUCGAUUUUUCUUGCAUUCGCUUCCUUUUUGAUUUCUCUCCUUUUGAUUUUAUACCGGAAUUGCAUUUAAUUUGCGCCAUCCCCUGAAACUCGCUCUCUGGUUGGACGCACAAUCCUUCGAAAUGCAUAGAAAGAAGAAGAAGAAAAAUAACAAGUCUGGUCCAUCACAAUUUGCUGCCGUGUCCAUGAUUGGCAGGGGAAAAGUGGGUCCGAUAGUCGUAAUAACUUUGCAAAAAAAAACAAAAGUCAAUGAACGCAAAAUUGCAAAAUCCUAUGUGUGCAAAGCGAGAGAGGGGGCGGGGUCUAAGUUGGCGUUUGAGGAGUUUCGUUUUAUUUUGUUCGUUGUGAUAAUUGAAAAAAGAAGUAAUAAGUUACACGUGAAUGACUUUACGUUGGGUCGUCUGCAUUGCGUUCGUUAUUCAUUACAUCGAAAUUUGGGAAUCGUUAUGUGGUAAAUAAAAAAAAAUAAGAACCGAAUAAAAAUUAUUUAAAAAAAAACCAAAACAAAACAAAGAAGAACAAUGGGAAGUUUCAUCCAGUUGGAUGUGGUCUUGCUAUCGCUGAGAUUUCUGGUCGGCUGUUUUCAUCUCUUCAUACAUAUAUAGUCUCUUUUUCCUAUAGUCUGUUUUUUUGAAUUGCGUGUCUCAUUUAUAUCCAUUUAUACUUGUGUCUAGAUGUUGACUAUAGUUCAUCUAGAAUAUCUUUUAGCCACUACAAAACCGACAAAAUCAUAUUAUCGCUCUAUUCUUACUCCCCUCGCCAUACCCUCUCUACCAUUCGGCAACCAUUCUAUCCACACUUCAAUAUCGUAAUGUUUGUUCUUUCUCUUGAGAUAUUACUUCAAGAUAUGAGUGACGGUAAUGGUAUUCCUCCACGCUGUUUGUAUUUUACUGGUUACAAUACACAUUUAGACCUUA